AUGCUGGCCAGGAUCAUAUUUUGCAGUGCAGUCCUGUUGGCAACCUUGACAGUAAUUCUGCUGGCUUUGUUUUCACCACUACCUAAAAGAAAGCCAUCACCGCCAUGGCUGGACCUCUCCUUGUACAUCCAGCAACCACAAAGUCCCAAUAUUAUUGAUGCAACAAGCUCCAAUAAUAAUAAUGAUCAUGUGGCACAAUCUUCUCAAUCAGACGGCGGAGGAGCAUUCAUCUUCCACCGCAUGCUCACAGAGGGACCCGAGAACACUUCUCGGGUGGUGGGGAAAGCGCAAGGGUUCAUUAUCCCAGUAGAGCAGUUUGCAAACUCGGGUUUCAACAUAAUCUAUCUCACCUUUCACACGCCUCAGUAUUCGGGUAGCCUAAGCGUUGAGGCCAAGCAUGUCUCCCCGAAAGACACCGAAGAGCUUACUGUGAUGGGUGGAACGGGGUCGUUUGCUUUUGCAAGAGGACUAGCUGUUUUUGCUCAGAGUAUCCAUGGUGAUGCCACUUAUCAUGUAAAGUUGCAGCUUAGAUUUCCUAAUAAUCAGUCUCGGACGACCACAAUUCUGGGCUGA